AUGCAUCUUCUGGUAGAGUGUAUCAUCGACAGAAUGCAACAGAUCGACCCCUCAUGGCAGCCACCUGUGAUAUUUCAGCCAUGGGUACGCUCUUGGGAUCAUGUGGGAUUCUUUUCAAAGUGCUCGAGUAAUGAAGAAGUCAGGAACGCUGUUGUCGACAGACAUCGUAGGAGAGAGAUGCUUUUUGAAAAUCCGAAGCAGUGUUUGUAUGGUUCUAAACCGUCCAGCAGGAAGCUUUAUGAUGCAUGGGACGACAAUUGGAUAGGACCUUCAGUUUCUCAGCAAGAAUCGAGAUCUCCAAUCCAAGACACCCUCGAUGAACGAGAUAUUGAAUACCGUAGUGAAGGGCACAAAAGUCUUGAUAUAUCUGGCGUUCCGUCGCAAGAAGGGCUGCAUAACCAUGAUGAUCAUUCUGCUAGCGACGCUUCAAGUGAAGUUGAAGAGCACGCAUGGGAAACUUCUUUUCGCAGUCAGGACUUGAAUGGAGCAGAUGUGUCAACCGAUCUGUUCGCAUCGGAACCCAAUGAGGGAAUCUUCUUAUGA